AUAACAGCGAGGGAAAGACUCGGUUUUUCUCCCCCUUUCUCUUUUCUUUCUUCCAUAGAUGUUUGAAAUCGCAGUCAUUUACGCUCGACAGUUUUUACAAUAGCCUUGAGCCAUAAUUUUGCGAGUCUCUCCAGCAUCCAUACCCCUGCAUGGUCUCUCUCCACCGGCCAUGCACGACCGUUUCUCUCCCCAACCGUGGAUUUCCUAUUACUCUCGUUACGACUCACUGAGCCCCAGGCCCAAGGAUAAUGAUGUGUUGUUUCUUGGUAGCAUAAUUUGUCACACGUAUAUUUCUUCUUCUUCUUCUCUUGCAGAAAGCACAGCUCCCUCUCACACACUCACACACUUCUUGUUAAUUCAGAAGAACAAAUGAUCAACGUCAACAAAUAACCUGAAAUAGUGACUUUAUGAGUUGGAAUCAAUGGUUAUUUUGAGACACCACCGACCAUAGACUUUAAAGGAAAGGACAUUUUCUUAAAAGGAGAACAAAGGAAAAAUUCAAGUGAGAAUAUUGGGAACCCGAAGCUUACUUUCUUUUUUUUUGUCAAGAGCUGAAGUCAGGUGGCGUUCACAGUCAGGAAGUCAUGUCCAGAUCGGGUGAUAGAACAUCCACCUUUGACCCAACACACAGUGACACCCUGCUGCACGGGCUCAAUCUCUUAUGGAGAAAACAGCUUUUCUGUGAUGUGACUCUCACUGCCCAGGGACAGCAGUUCCACUGCCACAAAGCUGUGCUGGCAUCCUGCUCCCAGUAUUUCAGAUCCCUCUUCUCUUCCCACAAUGUUAUCAAUAAUGAGGGGAGCAAAGGGGACCAGGGCAGCAGUGGGACCCCCUCAUCCUCACCUGAUGACAAGCUGGUGACCCCUAGCGCCAGGCCCAUCAAUAACCUGGUACUCCAGGGCUGCUCCUCCAUUGGACUACGAUUAGUGCUGGAGUACCUGUACACUGCCAAUGUGACUCUUUCCCUGGACACAGUGGAAGAGGUGCUGUCAGUCAGCAAGAUCCUCAACAUCCCCCAGAUUACCAAGCUCAGCGUGCAGUUCCUCAACGACCAGAUCUCUGUGCAGAACUACAAGCAGAUCUGCAAGAUUGCUGCACUCCAUGGACUAGAUGAGACCAAGAAGCUGGCCAACAAGUACCUGGUGGAGGAUGUGCUGCUGCUGAACUUUGAGGAGAUGUGUGCCAUGCUAGAUGCUCUGCCACCCCCAGUGGAGUCAGAGCUGGCUCUAUUCCAGAUGUCAGUCCUCUGGCUGGAGCAUGACCGCGAGACUCGCAUGCACUAUGCGCCGGACCUUAUGAAGAGGCUGCGCUUCGCCCUCAUACCUGCUCCAGAGCUGGUGGAGAGGGUGCAGUCUGUUGACUUCAUGAGGAGUGACCCUGUGUGCCAGAAACUACUCCUGGAUGCCAUGAACUACCACCUGAUGCCCUUCAGGCAGCACUGCAGGCAGACCACGGCAAGCAGAAUCCGUUCCAAUAAGAGAAUGCUGUUACUGGUGGGUGGUUUGCCUCCUGGACCUGAUCGCCUCCCCAGCAAUUUGGUCCAGUACUAUGACGAUGAGAAAAAGACAUGGAAGAUCCUCACAAUAAUGCCUUACAACAGCGCCCAUCACUGCGUGGUGGAGGUGGAGAACUUCCUGCUGCUGCUGGGCGGAGAGGACCAGUGGAACCCCAAUGGAAAGCACAGCACUCAUUUUGUCAGCCGCUAUGAUCCCAGAUUCAACAGUUGGAUACAGUUGCCUCCUAUGCAGGAGAGGAGAGCCAGUUUCUUUGCCUGCCGCCUGGAUAAGCACCUGUAUGUGAUUGGUGGUAGGAACGAGAGUGGCUACCUCUCCAGCGUGGAGUCCUACAACCUGGAGACCAACGAGUGGAAUUACGUUUCAUCUCUGCCGCAGCCUCUGGCUGCCCAUGCAGGAGCCGUGCACAACGGCAAGAUCUACAUAUCAGGAGGGGUGCACAAUGGGGAGUAUGUGUCCUGGCUCUACUGUUAUGACCCUGUAAUGGAUGUGUGGGCGAGGAAACAGGAUAUGAACACAAAGCGUGCCAUUCAUGCCCUGGCUGGAAUGAACGACCGCCUAUAUGCUAUUGGUGGAAACCAUUUGAAAGGUUUCUCCCAUCUAGACGUAAUGUUGGUGGAGUGUUACGACCCGAAAGCUGACCAGUGGAACAUCCUGCAGACACCCAUCCUGGAGGGCCGCAGCGGCCCGGGCUGCGCUGUCUUGGAUGAUAGCAUCUUCCUCGUGGGCGGCUACAGCUGGAGCAUGGGGGCCUAUAAGUCUUCUACCAUCUGCUACAGCCCAGAGAAAGGAACAUGGACAGAGUUGGAGGGAGAGGUGGCAGAGCCCUUAGCUGGCCCAGCCUGUUCCACUGUCAUACUGCCUGCCUGCCUUCCCUUUAACAAAUGACAACUAAUCCAACCGAAGGGCGGUAAGGGUGUGGACCAGGAGCGUGAAUGGAGGGAGGACCAUCAAUAAGCAAAACAGUUGUUAAACAAUUUUCUGACAAACCCUCCGGUCAGAUGACUGGGGUGUGUAUAAAUUAUUUUUUUACAGGUUUGACCAGAGCACUUUCGUUAUUCCCUACUGAAGGUUUGAAAAAAAGAAUUGUGUAACUCAUGUAUUUAAUCAUCUGUGUUCUGAGAAAUGGUCAGUUUCAUAUUUGAUUUGAUUUAAACUGAUAGUAAGUGUUUUUGGCUUCUCUUCUAUAGCACGCAUAGUGUUGAACUGAAUUAUAGCUUUCAAAUCCAUUGUAUCUUGUAUUCAGUAGAGGCAUAAUUCCAUCAAAUGCAGUGUUGUUUAAUGGACUGACGCUGGGAGAAAAGGUGAUCAGUCCCAAAUUGUCAUCAUGGGGUUAAGUUAAACUAGGGCUGGGUGAGUUACAUUAACAAUGGUGAUCAAAGCGUAUACAUAUUCUUCAUCACUCAUGUUAUAACUCACUUCUCUCUGGCUGGAUUGUGCACUUAUCCUGCUGUUGAAUCAUUAUGCAACUUUUUUGCUGUCUUUCUCAAAAAAAUUAACAUAUUUACCUGUCUAAAAUGGCGACAUUUUCAGAAACUUUUCCUUACUGCAGUCAUUAUUCAGCCGACAAAAAAUAGUAAAAGUAACUAGACCUGCAAGCAGGUAUACCGGGUCCAAACACAAGCAGGAGAACGUUGUAAAAAAGACACAACAACGCAAUGAUCUUUGUGAGGAUAUGUCCAUGUCACCCAGCCCUAAUUUACUGUAUAACUAAUUAUCUUAAUCAUUUACACCCAGACUGAAGUCGUGUUUCUGUAUAACUUGACAGAAAAAAUCUUGCCAAAUGUUUGUGGCAAUUAUUCUUCAUGCAGCAAGAAAAGCAAUUUAAGGUUUACCAUUGAUUCUUAAUAUUCACAUGAAGCACUAAUGUUCACAUUAAUUAUACAAUGACGGUACAAUCAAAUUGUAAUUGCUAGCCAAUGUAUUUAUGGGUAGCAUGUUUGGGUAAACAGAUGAAGGCCAUUAGGACAUUAGUUUGUUGUCCUUUACAAGUGAAUGCUAACCGGCCUGUUUAUGAGGCCACGGAGCAUUUACCUUGACGGGAUUUGAAUCUUUAAUGUAUGAAAAACAAACAAGCGUUCAAUGGUCCUUAAUGCACUAAUAGUGAACUUUUAAUUCAGCAAAUAAAGUUUACAAAAAUGUAAAUUAAUAAAUGUGCUGUGUUUAAAAAAAAAAGAUCAAAUGAAUCUCUGAAGUCCAGUCUAGUCUACAUUAUUAGGUUCAAAAAGUUGACUCUAAAUAUCGAUGCAGUACCUGUUGAAUUCUGUAAAUUUUCAUUCUUGUACAUAUAAUCGCUUGCAGUGAAACAUUUUUGUGCACUCAACCUUGGAUUUAUUCUCAAAUCCUGUUAUGUCCUUUGCAUUUUAGAAUAUGGAAAUAAAUU